AUGGCUUCGUUCCGGACGUGGCACUGCUUGCUCGCCAGCUGCAGCUUGUUCCUCCUGCUCGCUUCGGCGGCGCACGGGCAGCUCUCGCCGUCCUUCUACGCGACGACCUGCCCGACGCUGGGGCUCAUCGUGCGGGCCACCAUGCUCAAGGCCCUCCUCGCCGAGCGUCGGAUGGGCGCGUCCCUCGUCAGGCUCUUCUUCCACGACUGCUUUGUCCAAGUACACAGCCAUGCAUGGGAGAAUAAGAACUUCACAAGUGAAAUUUAA